GAGAACAUCGAGAGACGGACGAGUGCUGCCGGGAACACGACCACUGUCAGCACGUCAUCCACCCCUUCACGGCCAAGUACGGCUACCGGAACCUCCGCUGGCACACCAUCAGCCACUGCGCCUGCGACCUGCGGUUGAAAGGCUGCCUGAGGCAGGUGAAUGACACUGCCUCCCGCGUGGUGGGCCAGGCCUUCUUCAACGUGAUCCAGGUGCCCUGCUUUGAGUUCACCUACAAAGAGCAGUGUGUGGAGCCCUAUCUGUACAUCUGGUGCAAGAAGUACAACACCGUGGCCAUUGCGGUGCCCCGGAAGCCGGUGCUCUAUGAGUUUGGUGGGGAACUGAUAGACGAAGUGGCAGCUGGAUCAGACAGGGCUCCUUCCGGCCCAGCGCCCCAGCCUGGCACCCCCCCGCCUAGAGAGAGCACGGGCAGAUGGGCACUUCCUCCGACAAAGCCCCCACCCCCAGGCCAGCUUGUCACAGGGGCCAUGGACAGCUUCCAGAAGUCUGCGCCCACUGGGCCCAAGCGAGAGAGCCCCGCCACGACCCAGCGGAAGGGGAAAGGGAAGAAGAGAGGGAGGAAAACUAAGAAAGGAAAAGGGCUGAAAAAGAAGAAAGUCCAUCCCAAAGCUGAGGUGCUGGGACUGCCCACCCCCACUGCAGAUACUGCCUCCCUCCUCCCUAAGCACCUGGUGCUGGACUUUGGGAGGAAGGAGGAUGUGUUCAACGCUAUCCUGAACGAUGCCCCGGUCGGGGAGGAGACCCUGACUCCACGCGGGGCAGCGCAGGCUGAAAGCCGUGACCGGGGGCAGUUGAAGGCAAGGCCUUUGCCUACUCUCCAGCCCACAUGCCCAGCUGCCAGCAAGAGGAAGAGGAGGAGGGAACGAAAUGGGAGGAAGCGCCCGAGAAAGGAAGCGGAGAGUCUGCCCAGGCCUGUAUGAGACUCCCUGCAGCCGAGGCUGACCUUCCCCCGGUCCCCAGAGGGCGGGUUGUCACUAAUAAAUUAGCUCGAUGCAGCCGA